AUGCAAACGUUAAUAUUUUCAAUAGUUUUUAUAUUCGUUAUUCUUUUAUGUGUACCAGCAAGAUCAAUUGAAAAUACUGAACCUGUUUCGAAAGCAUUAAGAAAAGAUAGUGUUGAAUCACCAAAUUAUGCAAAGAUAUUAAAACUUUUGAAAAAUCAAGAAACAAAAUUUUAUGCAAAUGAUGGUGACGACAAUAGUAGCGAUCAAUAUGAUGAUGACAACAGCAGCAGCGAUCAAAAUGAUGAUGACGACAACAGUAGCGAUCAAAACAUUAAUGGGAUGUCAAGUAAAAGAGAACAAUUAACAUCAAUAAAUCGACGAUUUCUUCUUUUUCCUCUUCAACGUGCCAGUCGUCGAACUCGACCAUCACAUGGCUAUGGACAAAAAUCUCAUUGGGACACACUUUUUGGAUAA